AGGCAGCCGCUAGGUAGGUGCGUUACGCUCCCGAGCUCUUCCCCCCCAAAAAAGCAGGAGUUAAGAUGUUCAGAACUACAAGGUCCCCGAUGAUGCAACCCCUGGUCAACUCAGGAAUGGGCAUGGCGCCCUUCUUCAAGGUGACCGUGUUCGAGCAGGAGCAUUUUCAGGGCAAGUGCUUGGAGUUCACCUCCGAGUGCGUCAACAUCCAAGAUUGCGGUUUGGAUAACAUCCGAUCCAUCAGGGUUGAGAGUGGCGCCUGGGUUGGUUUCGAACACCACGACUUCCAAGGCCAGCAGUUCAUCCUGGAGAGAGGAGAGUACCCCCACUGGGACUCCUACAGCGGCUCCAUCUCCUACCACGUGGAGCGUCUCAUGUCGCUGCGCCCAAUCUACUGCGCUUCUCACCAGAGCAGCCGCAUGAUCAUCUUCGAGAAGGAGAACUUGAUGGGCCGCAGCGUGGAGGUCAGUGAUGACUACCCCUCUCUGCAGGCCAUGGGCUGGUUGGCGCCUGAGGUGGGCUCCAUGCACGUGCAGUGCGGCGCCUUUGUGUGCUACCAGUUCCCGGGCUACAGGGGCCAGCAGUACAUCAUGGAGUGUGAGAGACACAGUGGCGACUACCAGCACUGCAAAAACUGGGGCUCCCACUGCCAGACCCCCCAGAUUCAGUCCAUCAGGCGCAUCCAGCACUGAGAGGGGGACACAACGAGGCUGGAACAACAGCUUCUGUGCCCCCUCCCCACCUCCUCAUCCGUUACCAUGGUCUGCAUCUGCGGGCCACUCCACACCUCUUUGUGUAAUAAGAGACAAUAUGGCACUGUUAAAGCACUGGAAUGACACACACACACACACACACACACACACACACACACACACACACACACACACACACACACACACACACACACACACACACACACACUCACACAGACACGCACACACCCAGGAAAGGUGUCUUUUUAUUUGGUUUGAGGGUCAUAUCCAGGAACACAUGCCUGAGUCGGAGGUGAAGGCCGCUUACAGCGACAACCUCUAAGGUCAGGUGCAGCUCAGGUGUUCUCUUUUUGUGCAGGAAAUAAACUCAUUUUCACCUCAAA